AUGGGCUACCGUGGCAUCGAAAUUGACAUCUGUGAAGAUGCGCAGGAUGCGAAGAAACAUGCAUCAGAGUUAGCAGGAGAGAUUGAAAAAGCCGUGACUGCAGGACAGAAUGUUCUGAUCCCGUUUGCGCAAGAGGAAGACUUGCCUCUUCUGCCAAUCAGAGGUACACCCUUCGAGAAACUCAUGGUUGCAACGCUUCAGAAUACCAGCAUGAUUGGAGUCUACGCGGUGCAUGCGGAGCCAGGUGCCGGAAAGUCAACUGCCGCAGCACUGGCAGCGCUUGAACUGUUAGGGAGAGAGACGAAGGAUAUAAUCGUGCUUUUGCAGAACGACUUUGAACGGCAACUAAAGAGCUUCUUGCCAAUGUGGAGUUCACUACAGAAAUUGUUCGCCCCCUCUUCACCAUUCUGA